AUGGACCAAACUAAAUCAAGCUUUAAUGCGUGGUCUUUAAACCCAUAUCAAACAAAAACUGAUGUAGUUGAUGGCAUGUUUCAAUUAUUUGAGCCAUUGGUUCAAGCCUUCUCGGAAGGUGGAGCAAGGGUAAGUCUAGGAGCAGCUGGUGCGUCGUUUGUUUUUGAUUCUGCAGAAUUGGAAGGGUUUGCUAGGCCUCUAUGGGGAAUAGUUCCCUACGUCUAUGGGGGUGGUCACUUCAAGUAUUGGGAAUUGUAUCAAAGAGGAUUUACGAAUGGAACGAAUAUAAAUCAUUCCGAAUAUUGGGGUGAGCCAAAGAGCUGCGAUCAAACAUUAGUAGAUAUCGCAGCAAUUGGUUUUGCUUUAUGCUUUGUUCCUGAGUUCGCAUGGGAUCCAUUGACCCUUGAAGGUAAAAGGAACUUGUCCAAGUAUUUGCUUAAAGUAAGAGAUUGUGAGUUUUGUCAUAAUAAUUGGAAAUUCUUUAGAGUCAUAAUCGAUUUGGGAUUAACUAAAGUGGGGGUUCAGUUCAAUAAAAGUAUGACAGAAGAUUAUUUAGAUGACAUUGAAAAUAUGUAUCUAGAAGAUGGUUGGUAUGGUGAUGGAAAAUCCUUUCGAAUUGACUACUACAACGCGUAUGCAUUCCAUUUCUAUGGCUUAAUUUAUGCGAUUGUGAUGCGCGAUAAGGAUCCGAUAAGAUCUAAAAAAUAUGUAGAAAGAGCUAAGAUCUUUGCGAAGCAGUUCAUAAAUUGGUUCAGUGAUAGUGGUGCGUCACUUCCAUACGGUCGGUCUUUGACAUACAGAUUUGCAGCAGUUGCAUUUUGGGGAAUACUACCAAGUGUACUAAAUGUUGAAGAAGAUCCAUUUAUUCCAUGGGGGGUAAUGAAAGGCAUUUAUUUGAGAAAUUUGCAAUGGUGGUCCAAGCAACCAAUAUCUGUAUUUGGAAGUGAAAUUUUGUCUGUCGGAUUUUCAUAUCCUAAUUUGUUUAUGUCUGAAAGGUACAAUUCACCUCAAUCUCCAUAUUGGGCGUUCAAGGCAUUUGCUCCGUUAAUGUUGCCUACGUCUCAUCCAUUUUGGUCAACAGAUGUUGCAGAAUUAUCCUUAGAAGAUACGACUCUAAGCGUAGCAGGAAUGCAUAUUUCACAUAACACCGGAAACACAAUUGCAUUAGUCAGUGGACCAUGGAAUGAUGAGUAUCAAUGUGAGAAAUAUAGUAAAUUUGCCUAUAGUACUAGAUAUGGUUUUAGCGUUAGAACUACCUCGGGGCAUUUUGAAUCCGCAUGCAUUGACAAUAUGAUCGGUUUUAGUUUCAACAAGAGAGAAUUCUUUGUUAGGGAGGAUCAUAGGUCCUGGAUAUUUGAAGGGGGUUUGUACUCAGAAUGGUCACCUAACCCUGAGAUUGAGGUUAAAUCUUGGUUAUUGCAAAAGGGUACUUAUCACGUAAGAAUACAUGAAAUCACAAAUAAAUCUAAUAAGGAAGUUCAUACUAGAGAGGGCGGAUUUGCUAUUGCAUUUAAAAAUGAUAGAGAUAAGAAAACAUCUGUGGAAACUGGUUCCAACAAUUAUGCGGAAAUAUCGACAGAAGAAGAUUGCGGCUUUAUAGUCGACCUUUUCGGUCUAAGAAAACCUAAUGUGUCUAAGGUUGAACCUAAUGCCAAUAUAAUGGCGUCCAAAGUGAUGUUGCCACAAUUGAUAGGCUCUAUUAAACCGAAUUCCACUGCGACUUGUGCAUGCGCUGUCUAUUCCCAACCCAAAACAGUCAAGUUUUCUAAACUGGAAUGGAUAGAAAAUUUAACUGUUCCAAAUAAAACUGAAUUAGAGAACUUAAAGGGAAAUUCAAAGAGAGUUCGAUGUAAUAUAUAG